AUGCACCGCGCAUCCGUCUGGCGGCUGGCCAGCGUGCUGCCCAGCUUGCUGCUGGCCGCGUCGCCGCUCGUGACGGCCGACACGGCGAGCGCCGCCAACGCGACAAACCACAACGGCCCUGUCGACGCCAACAACCUAGGCGGCGGCUCCGGCCAUGGCGGCGGCCCCGGCGGCAACCACGGGGGCCAUUGCUAUCCCGAAACCAUCACCGAGUACUGCACCGUGACCGAAUGGUCGACGUGCUACGAGACCGUCACCGAGACGGUGUCUGUGCCGGUUGUGUCGGUGUCGGUGACGGUCAGCACCGAGACCAUCACGACAGUCGAGUCGAGCAUCGCCAUUGAGACGGACACCGUGACGUCCACCGAGACCGACUACAGCUCCUAUGUCGUGUCGUACCCCGUCACGGUUGUUGUGACAGAAUGCGCCAGUGAUGCGGCGCCCACGCCGUCGGGCUACUACCGCCGCGCUGUGCCGGACCCGUACGAGUGUGUCGUGUCGACGCAGGUGGUCUGGAGCACGACGACCGUCACCUCGACGCAGCCGGGCUCGACGGCCACGUCCACGGCCACGACGACGGCCACCGUCACGAGCGACGUCGAGCACGACGUCAGCGUGACCAUUACGCUGUCGGCAUCGACCCUCACGCUGCCCGGCACCACCAUCACGCAGCCCGCGUCGACGCUGACGCUGCCCGGCUCGACCGUGACGGACAUUGUGUCGGAAGUCGUGACCCUGUCGCUGCCCGCGUCGACCGUCACGCUGCCUGCGUCGACGCUGACGCUGUCCGGCACCACCGUGACCAUCCCCGCGUCGACGCUGACGCUGCCGGGCUCCGUCACGACGCUCCCCGGCUCGGUCACCACGCUCCCCGGGUCCGUCAUCGUCGUCACCUCCACGCUGCCCGAGUCCACAACGACCUUUACAGAGCGCGGCAGCGACACGACCGUCACCGUCACCUCGGUGAUUCCCGCGUCGACCAUUGACGUGACCAUCACGGCCACGACCACGACCACGACCACGAGCACGCAGAUCGAGCCCGAGCAGACCGAGACCAUCACGACCACCAUCUCGCUGGCCGUCAGCACCUGCGCGGCGCCGUCCCGCGCCGGCCAGGCGCUCGCCUCGCUCGUCCCCAGCUCCGACCUGACCUGGGGCUGUGCGCCCGGCACCGUCUGCAGCCCCAAGAAGCCCGCGGGCUGCACGCUGUAUGCCGACUCGCCCGCCGACACGUUUGUGUGCCGGCCCGACGAGUGCAUUCCGUCGCCGCCGUUCCCCAUUGUGCAGUGGCCCGAGAACACCACCUCGUACUACCCGCCCACGGAGGGCUACUUCAACCUGGCGCCGCCCGCCUUUGGCCUGUCGUACGACAUCUUUGAGGAGGAGCUGAUUGUCGAGCGCAUUGGCGGCCACGUCUUCACCGUGACCACCGGCAACUGGCUGACGCAGUCCACCAUCACCCACUGGCCGCCGCCGUCGCCGGCGCCGUCGUCGCCGCCGUCGUACCCCUACAAGCGGGCACCGCGGGCGGACCUGGACCUGGACCGCCACCGCCUCGCCAAGCGCGACGACUCCAUCAUCCCCGCCGUCUGCUUCGACGUCUGCAACAACGCCUACCUCGAGGCCCAGUCCGUCGGCAAGACCCCUGGCCUCUGCGCCGCCGCCUCCGCCUUCUUCACCUACUACAACGGCUGCAAAUCCUGCGUCACCGACAACAGCGCCCAGGGCAAGCUCGGCAUCGGAGAGUACCUCGUCGAGAAGUUUGGCCAGUACCUUGACUACUGCGCCUCCGCCCCGGCCACCUCCGCCCCCCCCUCCGGCACCCCGCCCCAGUCCGAGCAGUCCGGCACCCCCACCUUUGUCUCGUCCGCCCAGAGCGCCCCGCCCAGCAGCUCCAGCCCGCCCGUCAUCAUCCCGCCGCCGAGCUCGUCCCCGCCGCCCGUGUCGUCCCCGCCGCAGCAGUCGCCCCCUCCGCUGUCGUCUCCGCCGCAGCAGUCGCCCCCGCCGCAGUCGUCUCCGCCGCAGCAGUCGCCGCCUCCUCUGUCGUCUCCGCCAGCGCAGUCGCCUCCCCCGCUGUCCAGUCCGGCGCAGUCUCCUCCGGCGCAGUCGCCACCGCCUCAGUCGUCUCCGCCUCAGCAGUCUCCUCCGGCUCAGUCUCCUCCGGCUCAGUCUCCCCCGGCUCAGUCUCCCCCGGCUCAGUCUCCCCCUGCUCAGUCUCCCCCUGCUCAGUCUCCGCCGGCUCAGUCUCCGCCGGCCCAGUCCCCUCCGGCCCAGUCCCCUCCGGCCCAGUCGCCACCCCCACAGAGCAACCCCGCCCAGUCGAGCUCGCCUGGCGGCAGUGGUGGCGGCGCUCCCCCCGCGAGCAGCAGUCCUGGCGCCGGCACGGGCGGCAACACGGGCUCGAGCCCCAGCGCUGGUAAUGGCGGCGGCGCGUCGGCCUCGGCGUCUCCCUCGGGCUCGGCUCCAGCCUCACCCUCGGCCACCGCGUCGGGCUCUGCGUCCGGCAGUCCUGGUGGCGGUGCGGGUGGCGGCGCCGGUGGUGGUGGUUCGGGCUCGGGUGCCGCGUCGGGCGGCUCGGGUGCGACCCCCACGUCCAGUGGUGCCGGCUCGACGAGCUCUGGCUCGUCUGGCUCGGGUGGCUCGGGUAGUGGAUCUGGCUCGGGUGGUUCGGGUGGUUCGGGUGGCUCGGGCUCUGGAUCUGGCUCGGGCAACGGCACGACUCCCUCACACGUCACCACGGCUUCGUCGACCCCGUCCGUUGUCACCGUCAACGCCUCGUCGCGGAUGGGUGUCGCUGCAGGCGUGACGUCGGCUCUGGCCGCGUUCUGUGCGGUAGUGUUCUUGUUGUAG